UAUUAAGAAUCGUUAUAAUUUCAGAGAGGAUUUUGCGGUCAAACUUUAAUGCUAUAAGUCAAGUACAACUGCAAGGUUUAUUCUUGAAAUGAAGUUAUUCUUCUUAAUUUCUUGCCUUAUAAUCUUAUUCGGAGAUUCAUCAGCAUCUACAGUUAUCAAUUGUUUCUAUGAUGACAGUAGAUAUGAAGCUAUUGGUGUCUUAUAUGACUGUGAAGUCAAAAACAAUCCAAAUAUAACAUCUAAAGAAUCAGCACAGAUUAGUUCAGUAACUGGUUCACAUCAUUGGUUCAAAAAUAAUAAUGAUGUUGCUGGAUUCGCUGUUAAAAGUCAGACAGUCCAGUAUUUUCCAAAAGGUUUGGACGAUACUUUCAAAAAUCUCAAAUUGAUUUCCAUCAAAAAAUGCGGCUUAAAGGAAAUUCAUCAAUCAGACCUAAAAGGCUUUUCAAAACUUACAUUCUUAAAUUUGGCAUUUAAUGAUCUUGAAGUCAUUGAGAAAGGUUUGUUUGACUUCAACCCGAAUUUGAAAAUUCUUGGAUUCUACGAAAGUAAAGUCACACACAUCGAUUUUAAUGCUUUUGAUAAUUUGAAUAAAUUAACUUAUCUUUGGGUCUAUGCUAUUCCAUGCAUCAAUAAGGAUAUUUAUGAUUCAAGAAUAGACGUUGAGGAAGCGAUUGGCAUCAUGAAAGUUAAAUGUGUGAAGUCAUCUAAUUAAUUUGAGAAUUUGAAUAAA